AUUUGGAUUUCCAGAAGAAACCUUCUUGCCAUCUUCUACAGUUACCGUAUUUGAACUUCUACGACUCCAGUCUUACGAUUCGCUCCAUGUAUCAAAUCGACUCCCGAUGAUCUCCAAUAGCUUCUCACACUUUCCGAGCUUCUGCUUAAUAUGUCCUUGUAAGUACCAGCACCAUCAACCACUGCAACGCCAUCUAUGCUGGAACACUGCUAGUCAAAACCGACCUCCGGUGCACUUCACAAUCCGCGCUUCUUCGAUCGAGAACUCGAGUUCCAGGAGAGGGAGGAAGGUGAAGAGCAAUGCCGAGCUAUGCGACGAGAUCCGAGAGUUUGUAAUUGCAGCUGGAUUUCCCGUGGGCCAUGUCCCCUCUAUGAAGGAGCUUUCGGAGCAUGGGAGGAAUGACCUUGCAAACAUUGUGAGACGGAGAGGAUACAAACUUGUUAGGGAGCUUCUUGCAAACUCAAUUCAAACAGACGUUGUUAAGUCCAACACUGAUGCUAUCUCCACUGAGAAACAGGAUGAAACCGAUAAUCAUGAAGAUAAAUUAGCAGGUCAGAAUGGGAAGUUGGAUGACUUUCCUCAAGAACUGUUGUUGCCGACUGAAGUUUCCAUAAUGGAAAACCAUACCAGCACUUUAAAUAUUGAUCUGCAACUCGAGGCUAAUAAUGACAGUUUGCUGACUAAAAGCUCUUUGACGGAUCUUUCAUUCGAGGGAAAUGCUAUGUAUUAUGUAAAAGGGCACGUUGAGGACAUUGAGACCAUUGUUGAUUACAAAUCCCCAUCAAGUGAACUUUCUAUCAUGGAUAAUUUGCAUUGUUCUUCAAAAAUUGAUCCACCUCUCAAAUCUGAUGUUGAUUUUCAUGCACCUGAAGAAACCUCUGGCAGUCCUUGCAUAGAGGAGAGACCUAUGGAAUCUUCAACUGAUAUGUGUUUGAAAGAAAAGGUGGCAAAUUUCAUUCAGAAUGGAGAAUUGGAAAUGGAUGAGGAUAACAUUGACGGGCUAUUGAAAGAUAGUGGAGCUGAAGAAAGCACGCGUGUUGAAGAAUCAGCGAAGGAAAUGGAACGUCUAUCAAAGGUCCCUAGUGAAAAGAAUGCAAAAGAUGCACAUAGCAGACGUCAUGUUGCUCUGGCAUCAAAGGAAAGUACAUUGACAAUGAGGCAGGGUUUCCCCUUGUGACUGUUAACUACCCUCUGAGUUUAGCGUUUUGUGUAUCUGCUUUUAACUGUGGAUCUGUAGGUCUAACAUUUUUUUCCUAAGCUUAAUUGCUCUAUUUAAACUACUUCACAUUGCUGAAUAUCAUUCUGGAUGACAGUGGGACCUCUUACCUUUUCCUUUUCCUGAACAGUGCCUUUGGUACUAUUUCUAUCAUUCAAUGUAGAUAGGAAGUGAUAUUGAGUACUUGAUAGUCUAUUAAUAGAUUUUUACUCAGAGGUAAGAAGAAAAAGGUUUUGGCAGUUUUUAAUUUUCAAUAAAACUCAGAGCAGUGUGAAUUUGAGCAUUAUUGUUUUUUAAUUAUAAUUAAACCUCUGCUUAAUUGUCUCUAUGUUUUAAGAUAUGCUUCCAUAGUUCUUAUGUUGAUGGCAUGCAGUCUAAAGCUGAAGAGAGGCUUCUCUGUUGAUGCCAUUUGCAAUCUCCAUUCAUUUGUUGUCAAACAAUUAAUUCUAUCUGGUCAACUAGAAGAUUGAGAAAGACAUGAAAUUCGGAUUUCUGUGACUGUCUGGUUCUUUGUAGUUUAAAAUGCUUUUGUUGUACUUUGCCAGAUUUUCUUACAGAUUCCUUUCUCUUUUUGUGAGAUGCUUAUCAUGUUAAUCACAUGACGGAAAUCCACUGUUACACAUUUUCAACCUAAGUAAAUUUUGUUGCUUUCUAUUUUGCGGCUCAUUAGGUUGAGAACUGUUUAUGCAUUGUUAUUUAUAUCAUAUAUAGGGAUGAUCGUUCAUCAACGGAAGGACUACAGGAACCAGCUGUUUAUACUGACCAAGCUCUGGAUGUUGAGACCAGCAAAAGAGAUAAUCAAACUGAGAUUGAUCGUCUGAAGUUUAUGCUG